AUGGGCAUGCGCACAUGUGCGAGAACCGUGGCCAACAGCGAAGCAUCAACGGAGAACCGGGCGGGUAGUGAGACGGAGCGGAGUGUGGUGGAGAGGAGUGCGAGGGAAGGGAGUGUGAGGGAAGGUAGUGCGAGAGAAGGGAGUGCGAGGGAAGGGAGUGUGCGGGAGGGGAAAGCGAGGGAAGGGAAUGUGAGGGAAGAGAGUGUGAGGGAAGAGAGUGUGAGGGAAGGGAGUGUGAGGGAAGGGAGUGUGAGGGAAAGGAGUGUGAGGGAAAGGAGUCACCUCGUGAAUUCGCCCCUUUCUCCUGCACGAAUCCCCUCUUCAACCCACCUGCACCCAUUAGCACCCACCUGCUCUCGCCCCACAGUGUCGAUUCGGUGCUCUCUUAUCGCCCCAAACACCUCCUUCAUUUGCCCUGGAUCCCACGCCCAUGCCCCUUCAACCGAUCUGCACCAAUCUGCACCCACGUGCACCCACCUACCUCAUAUUCAAUCGCAACCCACCUGCCCUCGCCCCACAGUGUCGAUUCGGUGCUCCCUGAUCGCCCCAAACACCUCCUGCAUUCGCCCUUGGUCCCGCGCCCAUGCCCCUUCGUCCCCCUCCCCUGCUGCCCUCCCCCCCUGUGCAGUGCGCAGGCCAAUAGUUUUACCCGCCCAACCUGUCAUCCCAUACCGCCAACCACCCCAAACCGCGUACUAUUCUCCUCUACCUCUCUCUUAUCCCUCCCAACCUCCUCCAAAUACUUCCACCCCAAACCCCCUUCCAACUUUCCUUUCAAACUUCUCCACCAUUCCCCCCACACCGGUUCCCCCCUUCCCCCUUACCUUCUUCUCCCCUUUCCCCCGAUCUUCUCCCCCCCUUUCCCCCGAUCUUCUCCCCCCCUUUCCCCCGAACUUCUCCCCCCCUUUCCCCCGAUCUUCUCCCCCCCUUUCCCCCAACUUCCAGUCUGCGCGCAGAGUGCCGAGCGUGGCGGAGUUCCUGAAGGUCGGCCCGCCGAUCUUCUCGGCUCUCGCGCUGUCCUACGGCAUCUGGCUUGCCGCUCGCGCGCAGCCGUUCGGCGGAGAGACUCCGCGGACCAUGACGCGGGAGUGGAUCCAAGCCAGCGACAAGCUGCUUGACGCGUGGCCGCGGGAGGCGGGUUCUCCAGUCGUCAUGAAUCCCAUCUCCAGGCAGAAUGCUAUCAAGAACUGA